GGAUGUUCAUUGCAUUUUGUUGUUGAGGAGGUAACUCUGGCCUUGGGUACUGUGGCCUUUUUGUCGUAAUAUCGGUAUCAGGCUAGACUGAUAUGACCCGUCACUAUUCAGUCUAAGUUCUUCAUCAGGAACCAAGGAUACAGGAUAGUUGCUGAACCUCUGUUUGUUGGCAUCUUGGAUGAGCUGAUGGUGAUUGAAUGAUGUCUUGAAUGAGUUGUUGAAAACUUGGAGUUGAUAGGAGACAUCAAAAGGCUCAUAGUAGUGAGAUUCUUUUGGAAAGAUAUAACUUGUCUACCAUUCAUGUGGCUUUGGUUUUAGGCUGACAUUGGUCGUUUCAAUCGAUGUGUUUCCUGAUCUGAACUCAACCUUUCUCAUUCUGAUACUGAUAAGCUCUUCAAGUUGAUCCCUCUUUACACUGAGUAGAACUGGAAGGAGGGUUGAGCACUUAGUCCUACCCUGGGACCAAACUGGGAGCAUUGAUGAUCAGCAGUGGAACAUGCUCUGUGUGUGGAUUAUCUCUCUGAUCAUGCCUAUGAGACACAGCUAAACUUAACUGUUACAUUGGUACAUAAUUGUUAACCUGGAAUUGAGAUUGGAUUUUUACGAAAAAACAAUGCCUGGGCCGAUUGUUGAAACGUUUGCAAUGUGCCUGAGGAGCGACGAGGAAGAUGGUGGUAUCACAUUCGACACGAGAAGCAAGGACGAAAAAUCAUGUUUCUUCAGGGAUGGCAAGAGAAGAAUAGAUUUUGUCUUGGUCUGGGAAGAAGAGUUGAUAGGUGGAGACACCAAGCCCACUUCUGCACAACAACCAGGACAGAAACGCAUCAAAACAAUCGAGGAAAAAAAGAAUUUAUGGCGGAACAAAUUUUUAAACAAUCUGCGGCGUGGAGGCCUAGAAAUGGAAGAGGAGGCUUCUCCCAUUUCUUACCCAGUUGUCAAACAGGAGGACGUGGAAAGCGAAAAGAAAAUCAUUCAUUACAUCAAGUUAUUCAUACCGUGGGAGGUGAUGGUCAUAUAUGCUGAGGAACUGUGUAUGAGAGCGCCCCUGCAGGCUCAUCCGAAUCCCUCAGUGAACUGGUCUGCCCGGUUGUUAGCGAUGGUAAGGAUACCAAACUUGAUGAGCAUAGAAGUGCCAAACCAACCCCUUGACUACUAUACAUGUCAGUUCAGGAGGUCCAAGUUAGAUCGGUUUUUGGGAAGUGACAAUCAUAUGACGUACUUCAACCCAACACAGCGCCACCAAGCGGCUUAUGAGAUACUUCAAACUACGGUAUACGGGAAAAAGAAACGUGCAGAGAUCGGUAUUGACCGGUUGAUAGAGGAGGAUGUGUUUACAGCUGCCUACCCAGUACAUGAGGGUCCAUACAAGCUUCCAGAUGGAUACACGGCCCCUGAAGCCCUGAACCCUCGACAGAUUCUCAACCAGUACUGGGCAAAAUGGGGUCAAUGGAAGAAAUAUCAACCCCUCGAUCAUAUACGAGAAUAUUUUGGCGAGAAGAUUGGGAUCUAUUUUGCUUGGCUAGGAUUCUACACCGCCUGGUUACUGCCAGCUUCGAUUGUGGGUGUGCUAGUCUUCAUGUACGGUGUUUUUACGUUUAACACAAAUAUUGUGGGCCAAGAGACUUGCAACAAGACUCAUUCGUUCCGGAUGUGUCCGUUAUGUGAUGAAGAUAUCGGCUGUAUGUACUGGAAUCUCUCUGAUGUGUGUCUCUAUGCUAAAGUAGGGUAUCUCUUCGAUAACCCGGGGACUGUCUUCUAUGCCAUAUUCGUGGCAUUCUGGGCUGUAACAUUCCUGGAGUACUGGAAAAGAAAAUGUGCCAGUUUAUCUCAUCAUUGGGACUGCAUGGACUUUGAGGAGGAAGAGGAGAGACCAAGGCCUCAAUACGCAGCCCUGGCACCGACGUUUGAGAAGAACCCCAUCACUGGCAUCAAGGAGCCGCACUUCCCAAAGAGGGAUCGCGUCCCAAGGAUUCUAUCUGGUAUAGCGUGUAUCAUUGUCAUGAUGAUACUUGUCCUGGUGUUCAUCAUCGCAGUCAUUUUGUACAGGGUCCUCAUCAGCAUUCCACUCUUUCAAAACCCGCUGUUGCGAAGUCGGGCGCUGACCAUCGCAAGUUUGUCAUCUGCCGUUGUCAACUUGAUACUUAUCAUGUCACUUGGAAAAGUUUACGAAAAGUUAGCAGAAAAAUUGACACAGUGGGAGAUGCACCGAACACAGACAGACUACGAAGAUCAGUUGAUCUUCAAAGUAUUCCUCUUCCAGUUCGUCAACUUCUACUCUUCAAUAUUCUACAUUGCAUUUUUUAAAGGAAGGUUUGUGGGUUUUCCCGGCCACUACAAUAAAUUUUUAGGUCUCAGAAAUGAGGAGUGCAACAACGGUGGGUGUCUAGUCGAGUUGGCACAGCAACUUGCUGUGAUCAUGGUCGGUAAACAGGUGAUCAACAAUUGUCAAGAGGUUCUUGUACCGAAAAUGAAGACGUGGUUACAUCAAAGAAAGAUAGGAAGUGCUCAUCAGAUGACCGAGAAAGAUCGUUGGGAGGAGGACUACGAGCUUAUAGAAUACGAGGGUCUGUUUGAAGAGUACUUAGAAAUGGUGCUCCAGUUUGGUUUCAUAACCAUAUUCGUUGCUGCCUUCCCAUUGGCACCGUUGUUUGCCCUUCUCAACAACUGGCUCGAGAUACGACUAGACGCAUCCAAGCUUGUUUGUGAGACACGUCGACCGGUCGCCGAGAGAGCUCAGGAUAUUGGCGUCUGGUUUUCUAUCUUGGAUGCACUAGCGCAGUUGUCUGUUAUGAGUAACGCCUUCUUAAUUGCAUUCACGUCGGAGUUCUUACCAAAGAUGAUGUACCAGUACAGGUACAACUGGACUUUGACGGGUUACGUCAACUUCACGCUGUCGACAUCACCGCCACAUACAAUGAAUCAGACUUGCAGGUACAAAGACUACAGAGACACCCAGACUGGAGAGUACACCAUGUGGUACUGGCAUUUGUUGACGGUCAGGUUGGCAUUUGUGAUCCUGUUCGAGCACAUAGUGUUUGGCAUCAAUCGACUCAUCGACAUUCUCGUGCCGGAUAUCCCUGAAAGUUUGGAGGUCAAGAUGAAGAGAGAACGAUUUCUGGCCAAACAAGCCCUUGCUGAUACUGAUACAUUGAUGGUGAUGGCGAGAGGAAAAGAAGAUGAUGACGAUGAUGAUGAAACUCAACACGUGAAGCUAGAAAUACCAACUAAAGCAUAGAAAUCAUGCUAGACAUACCAGCUAAAGUUGACCUGUACCAGCUAAAGCUGACCUGUACCAGCUAAAGCUGACCUGUACCAGCUAAAGCUGACCUGUACCAGCUAAAGCAUAAGUCAAGCUAAGCAAAUCAAGCAUAAGUCCAAAAAACAAAUUUUCACUUGUUUUUUUCUGCUCAAAAUGAAGAAACAUCAUCAGUUCCAAAAGUUUUUUGGCUUUGAAAUUUUUUUCAGAAUUUUGAACUGUCAGGCCUGUUGAGAAAAUAACAGAGGAAUGCAUGACUUCUCCUCUUUCAAGAUGAGCGCUGCAAGCAGAGAAUUUGCUCCUAGGCCUAGACCAGAAUGUGCUGCACAUUUACCAUAGAUAUUGUACACAUGUUUUGGUCUGGUUAAGUGGAAGAGGCCUCAGUUGUACUUAUUAGUUGUUUUUUCGUUUCUGUUAUCAUUUAUCUGUUAACCCUUCCUGAGCCCUUAAUGCAAAAUGUUGGAAAUAAAAAAUCAGUGCAAGCUUUAACUGGAUUGUCAUAAUAUAAUGUUACCUCCUGAAAGGACUGUGAUUGGUAAUGGGUUAGGCUCUGUUUUGUAAAUAAUAUGUCUAUUGAAUUUGAUUACAAAUAAAGGGGGAAUAUAGGUUUGACUGUCACUGAAAAAUGUUUUUCAUAACAUAAAAGGCCCUUUGCCAGACACGGAAAAAUAGUCCAUCAUUACAACAGACCUUCACUGUAAAUCACGCCAGACAAUGGCUCGAAAGGCAUUGUCUGGCAUCAUUGACUGAAAAAAAACUAUUGUAAAGAUUGUUCAUCUUCCCGACCCUAGGUGGUACAGGCAUAUCUGGCAGAGGGCCUAUUAGCCCGCCUGCGGCCAUGCCUCUAUUUCCUUUUAAACCCUUGGAUUAAAACUGUGAUUAUGCGGUGAAGGAAUCCAAAAGGCCUACUUAUAAUUUCGUAAAUAUGCAGCACAGCUCCUUAAUUCGUAUAAAUUCUGCAAGCUUGCUCUUCUGCUUGGUUACAGUAUAAAUAUUAACCAAAUCCUUAACACCCAAUGGGUAUAAUCCUUGGAAAAUCUUAUUGCAAAAUUAUGCUUUUGGUAAGUUCCAUUGGCACUCAUAGCCACAGCCGCACAUUGACCGGGCAGGAAGGCCUUAUGCAAAUUGCUUGCAGUUCAUAAGUUUAUUUUACUAGUUAUUAGUACUUUGCUAAAUGCGCAAGUUCCUGCUUUAGCACGAAUGAAAUUUGCUGUUAAUUAGAUUCUGCUCUUUGAAGGGCCUAAAAGCCUACGUCAUAUGCCUUGAUGGUAUUUGGCCGGUAAUUAUUGAAAUGAUCAAAUGCAUAGUGCAAUCCAAGAGUGUUCAGAUGUGCUGUUUCGUUUAAUAGUACUUACAUUGUAGCGGCACUCUCCUUAGGGAAGGGUAAUUAAGAAUGUAACUGAUAUAGAAGGGUUUUAGAAAUAUAUUUCAUGAUCAUUGAUAUUUUACACUAACUCUGUUGUAUAAUUUGAAAUAAUUUAUCCAUGGAGCAUAUAAAAGCUGUACAUUCCUUUACUUUUACUGCCUGAAAUUGUCUGGGGAAUAAUUGUUGCCAAAUUGUUCCCAAGUACCUCAACCAUAGAACUAUGUCCAUAUUCCAUAUUUCAGAUCCUGUAAAGACAUGAGGCUGGUAAAAGUAAAGGGGUUUACAGGAAGUUCUUGAUAAGCUUAGUCUUGAAGACUUUCUAAUGGCAUAUAGUUUUGUUUUCCAUGAUUUAGAAUGAUAGUUAGAACAUUUUGUGCCAAUCGAAGAUUUCGGUCAUUUUUGCAUGUCCCAAAGUAUAGUGUGAUAUCAUGUUCGCUUAUUAGGCCCACUGUAGUGAUUGAGUGUUAAACCCCAAAGAUGUUUGGUGAAAAUUUUUCUCAAAUAUUUUCUGAAAUAAAGUAAAAUGUUGUCAGAAGAGUUAAUCUUUAGUUUUGACCAACUCUGACCAUCAUCUUUAGGGGGAGACAGCAGAUUUAGUCACGAUAGCUAACCGGGUGGUUUAAAUGUAGAACAUGGUCAGUAGACAAAUAGAGUGUGUUAAAAACGUUAUCAUAACUAUCAUCAACUCGUGUAAAUCUUCUUGUAAAUAGUCAUCAAUCUGUGAUUCAGUUUGGAGUGGGUGAUACAUUCUAUUCUUGGCCUCUACCAUGGUUUGAAUACUCUCAGCCACUGUCAACUGUGAAGUAUCACUGAUAUUUUAGUUUGCAUUUCACUGUCACAUAUGUACUUAAAAAGCUCAAAAUUUCAACUGUAAUGCACUAAACUGUUACAUUUCACCAGAAGACGUGAUAUCAUUUCGUCUACUGCCAGUUGGAAAUGGGCGAACUGACCAACUUGUAGCUUUGCAAACAUUUCACAGUGACUGUCCUGCGCUCAUUUUAAGGGGUGACACAAACAUGCUGUGUAAUUUUCCUUAUAGAAAAGCUCAAAUUGUUACUUAAUUUCACUUGUGGGUGUUUCAUGAAACAUUCUGCCGGAGCUUCUCUGCCUCGUGUACCAAUCAAAGCCGCUGCUAUAUCACUAUCUGUAUCUGUGCCAGAUUAUAAGUUGACUUGUUAGUUGCACCUCUGAAGUCAGUGAGUAAGUACGAAGACGUAUACUUGGCCUCUUGCCCUGGACUGUUGUCCUGAUUCUUGUUGUCCUCGUCUCAGUAACUCAAUCAGCGUUAGAAUCUAACACCAGUGUUAGCUCAAUGAAGCGUUACCUCCUUAGGUAGGCCUACUGCUCAUGCUGAUUGAGCGACCAGACCCUGUCUUUUAAUGAUAUCUCUGAUCUCACUUUAUGCUGAUCUCAAGCUGUUCUACUAUUGUAUCUCUUUGUCAACGACUCAAAAAUCUUGUUGUGAAUUUCGUUGCAUGUUCACCUGGCGAUCGUCUCAAUAUUACUUGAUGCCAAGAACGAUUUUUCAUCUCUCUCUGAAGCCCUUCCUGCAUCUGAAUGACGAAAUAAGACUGGAUAUCAUGAAGUCUGAAUAUUGUCAUGUCUGUACCAACAGUUGUUUCUUAAGAUGUCAGAAGUUUGAAAGACGAAAGUUUGGCAGAGAAAUUGUUGACCCCCUCCCCGGAUAAACAGAUUCUAUUUCUCAUAGGUUAAAGCAAUUUGAGAUGAUUCCCAAGGUGUCAAUGUUAGAAAUCUUAGAUAAUUCUUCUUCUACCAAUUUUCUCAUUUCAAACAGGCCAGGUCAGGUUAACUUCUGAUUUUGACAGUAGCAGAGCGCAGCAAACAAAACAGAGCUCAAAAGUCUGAGAUUUAAUCCUGAGGGAAAGUGUCAAUAUUGUUCUUCUCUUAGGUUAUUCAACAGAAGUUAGGUGAUUAGUUUCCUCAUGCAUUCAAUAUUUAUAUAAGGAAUUGGUUAUAUACCGUCUACUUCCGUGCUAAUUCAGAAAUUGCUCGACCUGAUGCAAUGGCUUACUGUUUUCACCCCUUGGCAGUUAUUUGGCACUUUUUCAGAAAGCGGUCACAUUUUUCAACAUGCAUUUAUCGAAUUUAUUAUCACUGAUUUUUUAUUGCUAGGGGUUUAAUUUGACAUGGGGAAUGGUAGGCUACCUAAGUCCUCUGUGACAGUAUUGCCAAGUACUUUAUCCUUUGCUACUUGUUGACUUGUGGUUAGCUUUGUCCAACCUGUUAAAAAAAGUUUCGAGACAAUUGUACAUUUUUUUGCAAUACUUGGCUUUUAGGUCAAUAUCAAGGUUGUCUGUUAUGAAAUUAAUUUGGAUGACUGCUGUUAGCUUUAUAACAAUCACCUAAGUAAAACAGCUUGGGAUGCUGGGCCCCUGCCUUUUGCUGGAAGCAAUGUUAAGAACUGGGGUUACCAUUUUUGUAUCCACAAACGGGAAACAUCCAUUCCAUGUUCAAUAAUCCUCCCUAUCCAGUUACUCAUUCUUUAUAUUGUAUUUCACAUCAUCAUAUGCAGUAAUGAAUAUUCAUCCUUCGCAUUUGCAUGUAUGUGAAUAUUCAAACUUUUCUCAUUUGCAUAUUAUGAAUAUUCAUCUUUCGUAUUUGCAUAUUAUGAAUAUUCAUACAUCUUCUUCGCCUUACUGUAAAUAUUCUCUACAUAUUUCUGUAAAAUAAAAGAUCAACUGUGAUUUCAUUGUAAAGUUUACAAAGUUUUCUCAUUAUUGUCAUGAAUAUAUUUAUCUUGGCUUUUGACUGAAGUUGUCAUGGUAACCAAAAUAUCUCAUGAAUUCAGUUUUCAAAUGUUGCUAUCUCAGAGACUUUAAGGCUCUGAUAAUGACCAGAUCAAAUUUGACCAUGAAAAUUUGAAUUAUUGUUUUGGUAACCAUGUCAACUGCACCACUUUGUCAAUAUGUUACAAAAUGUAUAGGUCUAUAUUCUAUAUAAAUAUUAUAAAUACAUACUGUAUAUACACCUCUGAAGGGCUGAAGUUGAUUAGGAAUUUCAGAUUUCAAAUUUCUGUAAUGUAAUGAAAAAUAAGUAUCAAGUGCUUGUAUUCCAUACAUUCCAAAAUCUGCAUGAAAAAAACACAAUUUUUGCAGACCAUGGGGGUAUCUGCUCUCCUCUUCCCGUGCCCCCCCCCCUCUAGCUGCAGCCAUGUCUAAAGGGCCCAAAACACAAGACAUCAAGGGGCCAGGUGCUGUUUUGCACAUUCCUGUAGUUGCUUCCAGAGGCGUCCGAAGAAAAGGGAUAAGUAAGAAGUUCUGUCUACAGUGGCCAACAAUCUUAGCCCCUCCUGAAUCUCAUGCAGCUAAUGUGCACCCUUGGCUGCCAAGAUCUGCAAAGAACAACUUAAUUCAGCAGGAAGAUGAAAAAAGGACAAUAAAUUUUGAAGAGCUAAUUCCAAUCAUCACAUGGAACCUACUUCAGCCCUUUUUUGUAGGUUAAGAUGUAAAUUUCUGCAUCCUUAAUGUAUUGGGGAGGAGGGUGGUGUUGCUAUGGUUGCAAGUAAACAAACUUGUAUGCAAGUUAUCACAAUUCUGAAGGUGAAGGGUGAUUUUAAUAAAGUGACUUUAAAAGAA